AUGUCAGCUACGCAAUUUCUCCUGAGUGGACCCAGUUACUUGCGAAUAUGGCAGUUGGAGCCCCUCAAAGAACUGGACGCUUUUUUUAGUCUGAAACAAGAAAAAUCGUUGAAGGUAUUCUAGUACUUCUUGUAUUCAGAGGUUUUUGAUGGAUAGUUUAGGUUCUACGGUUAUUUUUCAGGUCGACGCAAUACACUAUUACAUGCAUGAUCUUGAUUCUUGUUUUUCUAGAAUACACGAUCGAAAUUCGACUCUUCGUAUUCAAAAAAGUUCUUCCUUCCAAAACACACUAGAUGAUUCCCGGCAUCCAUUUGAUGCAGUACAGCGAGUUUUUAGCCGGCUGCGCUACUGCAAAAAUGUCAGACGACCUUCAGGGUAACAUGAUGAAAAGCAGUGCGCCCCAACCUGCGCCGGUGCUACCUAAGAUUUCACCGGAAGAAGACUUCCUCAUAAUAUGGGUCUUCUGCCGAGAUGGGACUUUCUUCAAAUAAGGCUUUUUGUUUCGUUUGCUGUUGCUUCUAGAAGAAGAUUUUUAGUCAAGAUGAAGAAAGGAGAGGUAUCGAACAGCAUGAAGUUUCUCCACACGUCGGAUUAUUUAAUCACCCCGAUUUGAACUUGUUCCAUCCCCAACGGCACGUCUAAUCCAAGUUCAAGAUAAAGGAGCGGACCGGCAAAACCAGCCUAAUGGAAGCUGGGAAUAUUAUCCGGCUUUUAGAGUUCCAGGACGAUAACGGCACAUGGGAUUCGCAAGUUAUGAGCGUGAUUUUUGUUUGUCUUUUGCAUGUGUGCUACAAAAUGCGCAUCGUUUCUUCGACCGGAGUGUUUCUUCGAGAGUGAAAUUCCUGAUGCUGUCAUCUUCAUGUAGGUUAGGGUAGGAGUUGAUCCGCCGUCCGCAGUUUUGCCUGUGCGAGAGUAGCACUUUCACUUUCUCAUCUAUCAUCUCUUCUAACAGAAGCGAAGAGAGUGCCUUCUCUAGUCGGUUGCCUCCGAAGCCUAGUGCAGUGGAGAUUACUUGCGUCGCUCGGUGGGGUUUGGCGAGCGGUUUCAUACUAGGCGGAACUUGUGGUUACUUGGGUCUCUUGAGGUUCAAGCCGGAUGAAAAGGUGGAGACGCUCGGACCCUAUUGGGUGAACGACGUCUACGGGUCAGAGGGAGUCAAGUGGCUUUCGGACUAUAAAGAAGAGGAUAUUCCGAAAAAACACAGGAAUACAUCAGCGAAGACGGACAACAAGUUCCGAAUACCUGACGUGCUGUUGCUUACGGCGACCGCUAGAGAAGACCCCACGGCAGACACGACACCUACUGUUAGGGGACAAGGUAUAUUCAUAUAAUGCUAUACUUCUAUUGGUUAUCGUUUAUUUCUUCAUUUCUCAUUCUUGUUACGACACAGCCAAGCAGCUGAACACGGAUUACAAUUUCACAGAUCAUUUCUCAUGCCUACAUCCACACAGCCCAGCCAAAGAAGGAGGACGUGUUGAAGAUGUAUGGAUUUUCGGUACACAAGAGAGACCAGGCACAGCAGGUGAAACCAGUAUCCUUGUUGUUUGAGUUUCACGGAGAUGGCGUGCUCUCCAUGGCUGCAGCUCCGAAGGGCACGAAAACCUUGUAUAGUAUAGUUAAGUAGGCGUGCCCCUAUUCAUCUCGAGACGCAUCUUUGACCCUUUCUCUAAGGAGAAAACACGUCAAAGAUGACCUUGAAGACUUGGCAAGUUUUAAGAUACGCAACGACACUGCCCUCAAGAGUUGGACGUAUCCUGAGCUCAGCGCGUCUGCGACUCUCACGGCUGCAAAAGCAACUGCGCAAACGGGGGCCGCGGCAGUGAGCGUCAAGACAUCAUCGUCUUCGUCAGCAUCGUCGUUUAAGGAAGUGAUUGCUUUGUAUCGUCGACAUCAUAGAUUGUAAUAUCUUCAAGAACUUCUACCGUUCAAGAGUUCAGUGUAGCCUUCCUGGAUUUUGCCCAAGGCAAAAAUUUGUAUUUGAAAUUUUAGAUUAUACUCGUUCAUCAAGGGGAACAACUUAUAACUAUUAUUAUGAUAUCAUGAUCUACUACACACUUCUAACGUCUCUUCAAGUCGCGCUUUUUCCAUGGAGCACUCAAAGAUUUUUGAGUAUGACAUACCAAUCCAAGUGGCAGUGCAUCCUAACGGGCUUUGCCUUGCAGUAGUUUUUCUGGACCGGCUAAGGCUUUAUUUUUCGUGCUUCGAUGAAAUAAGACAAGUCUGGGAUAUGCCUCUGAAACAGCCAAGUUGUUGCGCCUUCUCACACAGCGGCGACUAUCUAGCAGUGAGCGCGAUGAACUUCGUCUUACUCUUGGACAUCCAUAAUCCCAAGGGUACCCUUGUGCUAGCACAGUACACAGGACACCUUAGUGUCAUUUCUCAGAUACUUUUCAGCGUGGACGACACGCUGUUGAUGACUUGCGGAAGAGACGGGUGCAUAUACGGGUGGGAGGUAUUCUUAUUUGUUGAGGUGAUCUGGCAUUUCCUAUGAAGAUGAUAAUAAAUUUUUUUAGAAGUAGGACAUCAGCUUAACUUGAUAUUAUCUUCUUGACUCUUCGACAGUUGGUUUCUGAAAAUUCCCCACCUGAAAACCGCCAAAGAACAUGGCACAAACCUCCACAGGUAGCCAGUGGGAACCGUAUAAUAGAGCAUGUUUCGAAGGGGUCAGUUUACGUGGCAUUCCAGUACGACGAGUCGGCGCAAGAAGUCAUUGCAGUCUCUCGAGAAGGUGACUUCCGACUUAUAAAGAAGAGCACAGGUGCCUGCCACCUCCAGCUGUCGCAUUGCUUCUUCAACUGCAUGUUAAGGCGGUAUGGUUUACUACAGUAUAAAUAUUGUUGUAUUCAUCUGCAUGUCAAUAGCAGUCCUUUCGAUCCUUGGUUUACUUAUAUUCUUUGGUAGAGUUUCUCACGUUCUUGUGUCUGCUGUCUUCCUGUCUGAGGGCACAGGGCAUCGCAUAGUCUAGGUGCUGGUAUGCUAGCCAGUGAUAGACCUCAUGGAAUGGAACAGUUUCAGUUUUUCUCCUGGGAGAAUAUUCCAUUAGCAAUAGUUACUAGAGUAUCUGCUAUACUAUAAGUAUGAAUAUACUUAUACAACUACUCCUGUUAAUAUUUCUCGAAAAACAUAAAGUCGUGAUCUCUAAUCAUGCUCUUGGCGGCAAGACGCAAUUUCUUAGCGUGUGGUACGGUUUUUGGCAGUCUCCGAGUAUUCGAGUGGCCUCUUAGGGAAGUAGAUCCUCAAUCAAAUCGCGCAGCUUCGACGUUAGGAAGCGGCGCGAGCAGCACGAGCGUCUCCUUUCAGGGACAUGAUAGGUACGAUUGUAUUUCUAGGUAUUUCAGGGACAUGAUAGCUGCGAUUGUAUUUCUUUGUUUUUUUCAGGGACAUGAUAGGUGCGAUUGUUUUCAGGGACAUGAUUGAUAGGUACGGUUGUAUUGUUUGGUGCUGGGUGUAGAAGAGAAGCUGCAGCUCUCCCGAUUUAAUAUUAGUUUCGUAUUCAUUGCUUCGAGGGAAAUUUUCAGACCCAGAAGACGCUUGAUGAAGGAUAUCCAAUCUUAUCCAAUUCUUACUCAAUGAGUAUUGCUCCCACAGGUAUCACUCCAUCGAGAUCUUGA